CCAAGAAGAGUAGCACACAGCCUCCCCAGCUCUUCUUCUACCACCACCCCAAUCAGGCUCGCUCCUCGUUCUUCUCCACCACCGCGCAGAGAUGGCGAGCCAGACCGCCGACGCCGCGGGGUUCGCCGCGAACGACCCCCUGUCGUGGGGCAAGGCGGCGCUGGAGAUGACGGGGAGCCACCUGGACGAGGUGAAGCGCAUGGUGGCGCAGUCCCGCGAGCCCGUGGUGAAGAUCGAGGGGUCCAGCCUCCGCGUCGGCCAGGUCGCGGCCGUCUCCGCGGCCAAGGACGCCUCCGGCGUGGUGGUCGAGCUGGACGAGGAGGCCCGCCCCCGCGUCAAGGCCAGCAGCGAGUGGAUCCUCAACUGCAUCGCGCACGGUGGCGACAUCUACGGCGUCACCACCGGCUUCGGCGGCACCUCCCACCGCCGCACCAAGGACGGCCCCGCCCUCCAAGUUGAGCUGCUCAGGCAUCUCAAUGCCGGAAUCUUCGGCAACGGCUCCGACGGCAACACGCUGCCGUCCGAGGUGUCGCGUGCGGCGAUGCUCGUGCGCAUCAACACCCUCCUCCAGGGCUACUCGGGCAUCCGCUUCGAGAUCCUCGAGGCGAUCACCAAGCUGAUCAACACCGGCGUCAGCCCGUGCCUGCCGCUCCGUGGCACCAUCACGGCGUCCGGCGACCUCGUGCCACUGUCCUACAUUGCCGGCCUGAUCACCGGGCGCCCGAACGCGCUGGCGGUGACCGUCGACGGCAAGAAGGUGGACGCCGCCGAGGCGUUCAAGAUCGCCGGCAUCCAGGGUGGUUUCUUCAAGCUGCAGCCCAAGGAAGGGCUCGCCAUCGUGAACGGCACCUCCGUGGGCUCGGCCCUCGCGGCCAUGGUGCUCUACGACGCGAACGUCCUCGCCGUCCUGUCCGAGGUGCUGUCCGCCGUGUUCUGCGAGGUCAUGAACGGCAAGCCCGAGUACACCGACCACCUGACGCACAAGCUGAAGCACCACCCGGGGUCGAUCGAGGCCGCGGCCAUCAUGGAGCACAUCCUCGCCGGCAGCGCGUUCAUGCCGCACGCCCAGAAGGUCAACGAGGUUGACCCGCUCCUGAAGCCAAAGCAGGAUAGGUACGCGCUCCGCACGUCGCCGCAGUGGCUGGGACCCCAGAUCGAGGUCAUCCGCGCCGCCACCAAGUCGAUCGAGCGCGAGGUCAACUCGGUCAACGACAACCCGGUCAUCGACGUCCACCGCGGCAAGGCCCUGCACGGCGGCAACUUCCAGGGCACGCCCAUCGGCGUGUCCAUGGACAACACCCGCCUCGCCAUCGCCAACAUCGGCAAGCUCAUGUUCGCCCAGUUCUCUGAGCUGGUCAACGAGUUCUACAACAACGGGCUGACGUCCAACUUGGCCGGCAGCCGCAACCCGAGCCUGGACUACGGCUUCAAGGGCACCGAGAUCGCCAUGGCCUCCUACUGCUCGGAGCUCCAGUUCCUCGCCAACCCGAUCACCAACCACGUCCAGAGCGCGGAGCAGCACAACCAGGACGUCAACUCCCUCGGCCUCGUCUCCGCCAGGAAGACAGCCGAGGCGGUGGACAUCCUCAAGCUCAUGUCUUCCACCUACCUGGUCGCGCUCUGCCAGGCCGUCGACCUGCGCCACCUCGAGGAGAACCUCAAGAGUGCCGUCAAGAACUGCGUGACCACGGUCGCCAAGAAGGUGCUCACCACGAGCUCCACCGGCGGCCUCCACAGCGCGCGUUUCAGCGAGAAGGCCCUCCUCACCGCCAUCGACCGCGAGGCCGUGUACAGCUACGCCGACGACCCCUGCAGCGCCAACUACCCACUGAUGACCAAGAUCCGCGCCGUGCUCGUCGAACACUCCCUCGCCAACGGCCCCGCCGAGAAGGACGACGGCACCUCCGUGUUCUCCAAGAUCACCGCGUUCGAGGAGGAGCUGCGGGAGGCGCUGCCCAGGGAGAUGGAGGCGGCGCGCGUGGCCUUCGAGACCGGCACCGCGCCGAUCACCAACAGGAUCAAGGAAAGCAGAUCGUUCCCGCUGUACCGCUUCGUCCGCGAGGAGCUCGGCUGCGUGUACCUCACCGGCGAGAAGCUCAAGUCCCCCGGCGAGGAGUGCAACAAGGUGUUCCUGGCCAUCAGCCAGCGCAAGCUCAUCGACCCGAUGCUCGAGUGCCUCAAGGAGUGGAACGGCGAGCCCCUGCCCAUCUGCUGAGCCGACAGACCGCGGACACGACACGAUCCAGGAAGAGGAUGCAUGAGACCGCCUUGAGAGAAGAGGAGGAGACGAUACGUGCAUCAAAAUAAAAGGGAGGAAUUCAGGAUCCUGAAGGCUUCUUCGCUUGUACGCUCAUCAGCAGAUUACGUUAUUUCUCUGUUCGUGUUUGUUUUUUUGAGCUUGUUGUAUUUAUCCGUGUAAUCGUGUGAGAUUGCUGCAAUGCUGUGGCCUGCAGCGUUCAUGGCCUGGCUGGCAGCUUUCCAAAUUCUGUUGUUGUAUUUUGCAAGAUAAAUAUACUGCUUCUACCAUAGUACUAUGUUGAUUAUCUGAACUCUGAA